AUGGUUCUUCCCAAGCGUAACAACCGACCCUUUGAUAUGGAUGACGAUAUGGACAAGAUCAGCGAUAUUGCUAUAACGACGCUCAUGACAAAGAUGCGGAAUGGUAUUGCUGAGGUAGCAAAACGUACACCCAUUCAGGUACUUCAAGAUACCAACAACUAG